AUGGAGAAUGGAAUUACUAAUGUUUGUCAUAAGCUAGAGAGUGGCAUUACUAAUGUUUGUCAUGAGCUAGAGAGUGCCAUUACUAAUGCUUGUCAUGAGCUGAAAAAUGACAUUACUAAUGUUUGUCAUGAGCUGGAGAGUGUCAUUACUAAUGUUUGUUAUGAGCUAGAGAAUGGCAUUACUAACGUUUGUCAUGAGCUGGAAAGUGGCAUUACGAAUGUUUGUCAUGAGAUGGAGAGUGGCAUCGCUAAUGUUUGUCACGAGAUGGAGAAUGGCAUCACUAAUGUUUGUCAUGAGCUAGAGAAUGGCGUUACUAAUGUUUUUCAUGAGCUGGAAAGUGGCAUCACUAAUGUUUGUAACGAGAUGGAGAAUGGCAUUUCUAAUGUUUGUCAUGAGCUAGAGAGUGGCAUUACUAAUGUUUUCAUGAGCUAG